UUUAAAGGCUCUGGAGAUGGAUUUUAAUGAAAAGGGCCCAGAAGGAAAAUGUGUUUCUCAAGAUGACAUUCGGUUUCUACAGCUUCUGAGUGAAAAUAUUACACAGAAAGAUGAUGGCCAUUUGGAGAUGCCCCUCCCGUUUAAAACACCUUGCCCUCCUAUGUUGCCAAAUAAUAAGAAGCUGGCUACAAUUCGUUUACAACAUCUGAAGAGAAGGUUAAAGAGAAAUUAUCAGUUCUACAAUCAUUACAAAACAUUUAUGGAGUCCAUCAUUAGCUGUGGUGAUGCUGAACUAGCUCCUGAGACAAAUGCCAAUGAUUGUGUGUGGUACUUACCUCAUCAUGGGGUGUACCAUUCAAAGAAGCCAGAUAAGCUAAGAGUGGUGUUUGACUGCUCAGCUAAAUUUUGUGGUACCUCUUUAAAUGAUACCUUGUUGACUGGUCCAGAUUUGAUAAACUCUUUAAUUGGAAUCCUGCUGCGCUUCAGAAAAGAAACUGUUGCUAUCAUUUGUGACAUUGAAAGGAUGUUCCACCAGUUUUUUGUUGCAUCAAAGCAUCGUUGUUACCUCAGGUUCUUAUGGUGGGAGCAAGGAGAUUUGGAGAGCGAGCCCAAAGAGUAUCAAAUGAAGGUUCACCUUUUUGGUGCUGCCUCCUCUCCAGGCUGUGCUAAUUUUGGUUUGAAAUAUUUGGCACAACAGCACAAAUCAAAGUUUCCAGCUGCAGCAGAAUUUGUGGAAAAUAAUUUUUAUGUUGAUGAUGGGUUAAUAAGUGUCCCUACAGCUAGUGAUGCCACCAAAUUAAUAACUGAAGCACAGAAACUGUGCAAAGAAGGUGGUUUGAGACUCCACAAAUUUAAUUCCAAUAGAUCUGAAGUCCUGGGCUGUGUGAAUCCAUCUGAGAGAGCCACUGUGGUUUCUGCUGAUCUCAAGCCUGACUUGGCGCUUACCGAGCAUGCCUUAGGUAUGCGAUGGCAUGUCAAAACUGACUGCUUGGGUUUUCAUAUUGAUCUAAGAGAUAAACCUGAUUCACGCCGUGGCAUUUUGUCAGUAAUAGCCUCUCUGUAUGAUCCAUUGGGAUUUAUUUCACCAUUCAUUAUGAAUGGAAAAUGCAUUUUGCAAGAUCUGUGCCGAAGAAGUAUUGGGUGGGAUGACACUUUGCCUGAGGACUUGCAAGUACGGUGGGAGAAGUGGAAGUUCAGCCUUCAGGAUGUGGAAGGAUUAAUGAUACAAAGAUGUUAUCAUCCACAAGGAUUUGGAAACAUUGUUAAAACAGAACUACAUCACUUCUCAGAUGCUAGCAGCCUAGCAUACGGUGCAUGCUCCUAUCUCAGGUUUGAGAAUGACAAAGGUGAAAUCCAUUGUGUUUUGAUCAUGGCUAAAGCCAGAGUGGCUCCUUUGAAGAUCACAACCAUUCCUCGUCUCGAGCUUUCAGCUGCAGUGGUUGCUGCUAGGUUGAGUAUGCUGUUAAAAUCAGAGCUUGAUAUGAAGAUAGAUGCAGAGUUUUUCUGGACAGAUUCACAAGUAGUGUUGUCAUAUAUUAAUAAUGAAGCACGGCGGUUUCAUGUAUUUGUGGCAAAUCGAGUCCAGAUAAUCAGAGAGAACACAAAUCCAAAUCAAUGGAAUCAUGUUGACACCACUGAAAAUCCUGCAGAUCAUGCGUCUAGAGGACUGUGUGCCUCUGAGAUUUUAACCACCAACUGGCUAACGGGUCCUGAAUUUUUGUGGAAAAGGGAGAUAAAAAGGGAAUUUAAAUCCAGCCCUAAUCUGUUAGUCGGUGACCCAGAGGUUAAAACUGUUCAGACAUUUGCGACUACAACAGAUGAGACUGCAGAUUUUCUGGAACGUUUCACUAGAUUUUCAUCCUGGUCAACACUGAUUAAAGUAAUAGCCAGAAUCAAAAGACUUGGACACAGAAACAAAUGUUAUUCAAAUGUGGUGAGUGUUAAAGAACGUGAAGAUGCUAUGAAAUCAGUAGUGAAACUUGUACAAAACCAGGCCUUUGGCUCAGAGAUGAAGCUGUUAAAAGGAGGAAACAUCCUUCCACGUUCCAGCCCUCUGUUCCAUUUAAAUCCAUUUGUGGAAGAUGGUUUGUUGCGGGUUGGUGGACGAUUAAAACAUUCAUCUCUUAGUGAAGAUUUUAAACAUCCACUGAUUUUGCCAAGAAACAGCCAUAUCACUCAUCUUAUUCUGUCCUACUGUCACACUCAGGUAUGCCAUCAAGGCAGAGGUCAAACCCAAAUGCAGCUCAGAAUAAAGGGGUUUUGGAUUAUUGGCUGCAGCAGGUUGGUGGCUCAGAUGAUUCAUAAAUGUGUGCAGUGCAGGAAGCUCAGACGACCAGAGGAAGAACAGCUUAUGGCUGAGCUUCCAAAGCAACGCUUGGAGGCAUCUGCACCAUUUACCUACUGUGGAAUGGACUGUUUUGGUCCUUUUGUUGUUAAAAGAAAUCGCAAGGAAUACAAGAGGUAUGGGUUGGUGUUCACCUGCCUCUAUUCGAGAGCUGUUCACAUUGAAAUGUUGGAUGAUUUGUCCACAGAUUCCUUUCUUAAUGGCCUGCGUUGUUUCAUUAGUUUGAGAGGAGCUGUUAGCCAGAUAUAUUGUGAUCAAGGAAGAAAUUUUGUUGGAGCCCAAAAUGAGUUAAAACGGUGUGACCCUAAAUAUCUGGAGUCUUUUCUAGCAGAAAACCAAUGUGAGUUUAUUUUUAAUGCUCCAUCAGCAAGUCAUGCUGGUGGUGUUUGGGAGCGUCAAAUACGCACCAUCCGAAAUGUGUUGGCCUUUACACUCUCUCAAAAUGUAGGAAAACUUGAUGAUGCUUCAUUAAGAACUUUCCUUUAUGAAGCCAUGGCUAUAAUUAAUAGUCGUCCUUUAACAUUAAAGGGAAUAAAUGACCCAGCUUCUCUUGAACCUUUAACACCUAAUCAUCUGCUUCAAAUGAAAUCUGAGUCUGCCUUGCCUCCUGCAGGAACAUUUGUGAGGGAAGAUAUUUAUUCCUCAAAACGUUGGCGCCGGGUACAGUUUCUGGUCGAACAGUUUUGGAGUCGAUGGAAGAGGGAAUACCUCCAGAAUAUUUCCAUUAGACAAAAGUGGCAUGUAAUUCGGCGCAAUAUAAAGGUAAAUGAUGUUGUAAUAGUCAAAGAAGAUUUUCUCCCAAGAAAUAGGUGGCUAUUGGGUCGUGUUGUGGAAACGAUGGUUGAUGGUGAUGGUUUGGUUCGAAGAGUGAAGGUGAGAACAGGAGAACAGAGAUCUGGAAGGGAUAUUAUCUCAAAGAGCUCAGUAAUAGAAAGACCGGUGCAAAAAUUGGUAGUGUUAUUAGAAAGUGACAUUUAAACGUAAUGUACACAGACGAAUAUGUUUAAAUAAUCUGCAUGGUUUAAAAUAAUGCAUGAUUGUGGGGUAAUAGUUCAUGCAUUAUUGGUGGGAGUGUAAUGGGUAGUUAACAAUUAAAAUUAAGUUUCUUUAACUAUUUAAACUUGUAAACUAUUUAUAUUUAACUAUUUAUAGGAUAUAUUUAUUGUAAAUUAUUUAUAUUUAAUUAUUUAUAGGAUAUAUUUAUUGUAAAUUAUUUAUAGGAUUGCAGAUUGUUUGAUUAUAUUUGUCUGUUUUGAUUACCACUGUUUUGUAUUGUGUUUUGUUUAUUGUAUUUGCAUGUUGUAAAAUUUCCUUUGUUAUGUACCUCACGGGCUGCCGCAGCUUAAUGAGGACAGGCCCUAUAAAGGCCGCUGUAUCAAUGUAUGCCGACAAUAACCCUCAGAGCCGUGCUUGCAUUGUGAUUCUUAGCGUUCCCUGGUGAAAGCAGCGAGUUUUCACGGUGACAUUGAUGACUGAGAUGAUCCGCAUCAAAGAAAAUAAACAUUGAAAAUCACCUGUCGAGACCGCUGAAAUUUCAUUCACUGCUGGGGAGCUGCUAC